ACGGAGGUGAUGAUCACAAUAUCCUAUUCUAGGCUCGCCGCUACGAUUUAUCGCAAUGAUAUUGGUAUCUCCUAAAACCGUAGUGUUGUGCACCUCCCUACUUACCUCAGAUCGCCUCGACGGUUUGAUGACUUUCUACAGUCUGCGUAGCCACUGGUAGUUGUUCCUAAUAAGGAACUAAAGCCGAGUAUUCAUAAAAGAGAGAGAUUCUGCGUAGCCAGUGCCGUUUAUGUCACCGAUAUAAAAUUCGAAAAAAAAUGUCUGCGUUAAACGUCGUGGGUAAAUUCUGGCAAGAAUAUACGAAAAGCACGCCGAAGAAACUUAAGAUCAUCGAUGCCUACCUUCUAUACGUCUUCUUGACAGGAGUCAUACAAUUUGAGUACUGCUGUCUUGUUGGCACUUUUCCAUUCAACAGCUUUUUGAGUGGAUUUAUAUCCUGCAUAUCUUGUUUCGUUCUUGGAGUUUGCCUUCGACUACAAGUAAACCCACAGAACAAAAGUCAGUUUUAUGGAAUAAGUCCUGAGAGAGGAUUCGCUGACUUUAUAUUUGCUCACAUUAUUCUACAUAUUGUUGUCAUGAACUUCAUUGGAUAGGAAGUAUGCCUAAUGAAGUUAAGAGCUUAUAAUAACACGACCUAUGUUUCUUUAUUUGCAAUAAAUCAUACCUGAAUUCGAUCAUCACUUUGCUCUUAUUCUAAAUGAAACAACUGUUUAAGAGUUUCCAUUGAUCGAAAUUGAUAUAAAGUUCUACAAUAUUCCAUGGUAACAAUGCUUUGACAUUAAAACAUCUUGACAAAUAUAUUUAAACCAGUGUAAUAGAAAACUUUAUACAUUUUCUUUCAAAACUACUUCGCAUAUCCAUUCUUCAAACAAAUCUACCUCUCAUUCCUAGCUGGUACACUCAAUUGAACUUGUUAGAUUAAGCAAACAUAUUUAAUAAUCAAUCAACAUAACGUAACAAUAAAGAAUAACAUGGACAUUGUGUUUCAGGGAUCAAGUAUGAAUGUUAAGACAGGAAUCCUGUUACGAUAAUCUAUAAUAUAGUUUAUUUGUCUUAGUCUUCGUACAACCCUAAACAAAUGACAGGUCAUUUUGCGAUAACGGUUAAUAGCAGUUUCUUAUUUCAUACGUAUACCAUAUUUACAACGUAUAAUGGAGCGGAUCGACAUACAUUCAAACGAUGCAAAUGUAGAAUUUCAAAGUAUAAUUCAGCAGACACCAGUAGCGCCUGGUGAUAUACUGUAUAUUAUAAGAAACCUCACAGGACAAUCACAUAAAUUAGUUUUAAAAUCAUUUGAAAAAUAAAAAAAAGAACCAUCUCAAGUAUGUUUAACUAAAAUAAUUUUUAUCUUUAAUCACUCUGCUGUACUGUACGUCGCUAGAUUACUUAAAUUAUCCAUCUAUUCAACUGAAAAUAUAAUCACUAAUACAAGAAACAAAAAUAAAAUCAUUUCGAUAUGUAAACGCGAUCGCGAGUAAUAACUUAAAACAAGUGCCAUAUUUUAAAAAAAAAUCUCAAAUAUCCUCGAACAAUAAAAAAAACCCUGCAGAUACGUUAAAAACAA